GCCGAACAAAAGAAAAUGUCAACAAACGCAGUUAUUCUAAAAGUGAGAGAAAAAAACGACGGAUUGACGUACCAGAGGUCACUGUAAUCCCACUGAUAUGAAAUUGGUGAAUGCAUCUCUUGGUGAGAUAUAGGGCAGGGGGUGUCAACCCAGGAAGAGUAGUACAGGCCACCCCAAACAUUAAAACUGGACAAUUCCUGGUGGUUGUGACCAGCUUGAUGAAUCAUAAGUCUCUUUGGAAUACAGUCCUAUGGAAAAAAAAAUUGAAACAGAGAAAUGUUCUGAUUCAGCUUUUAGUUGUCACAAGAAGGAAGAAAAAAGUGACAAUAAGCAGAUGUCAAGCGAUGAAGAAGACCAAAAUUACCUUGAAGUAUUUAAUACUGAUUGGAAAAAUUGGAAAUUUGAAAAAGACUGGUCAACUCUUGUUGAGGAAGAAGAGGAAAAACGAAAAGUGGAGACCAGCCCUUCGGCAAGUAAACACUCCAUCAAGAGAUGUAAUAGCCGGGACUGUGAGAAAAGAAAGAAAAUGGAGAUUGAGAAAGAUAAAGAAGUGUUGCAGAGACGGCAGAAACAGAUUGAUUAUGGGAAAAACACAUUGGGUUACCAGAGAUACAUAGAUGCUGUUCCCAAGGGAACUCGGACAAAAGAUCAUCCUCGGACACCAAAUAAACAUUUCAAAUAUAGUCGUCGAGGCUGGGAUACACUAAUUCAACUUUGGCGUAAACAACUGCACUUGUGGGAUCCACCAGCUGGCGAAGAAGAUACUAUGGAAAGUUUUGACAGUGACAUGGCAAACUUAUCAUUUGAAUAUCAUGUGGCACCAAUAUCUGUGGCAUCUACUUCACCCAGUACAUCAUCAUUGGACAGUUACAACAAGCCAGAGCAUGGCCAAAAAAAGCAAAAACAUGCAGACUUCAAGGGACUAUGAAGAAUAUGAUUGUAUUUACUGUAACAUCCCAAAAUCUAAAGAAAAUAAUUCAUUAGCUACUAGUUGCACCCUGAGUAAACCUGUGCGUAUUGUAAAUGAAUUUCCUUUAGAUGCUCAUUUAUUGGAGGAAGACUUUAUUGAUUUUUAAUGCUGUCACCAGUUUCCAGCAUUUUAAUAUUUUUACAACCUUUUGCCUUUACUUCAUUAUAUGUAAAAGUUUUUAUGUUCAAUACUACAGAUUAAUAUUUCUCUUUGUAAGUAGAUUUAUGUAAAGCUACUAGUGUUGUGGACAUUCCUUGACUUUUUAUAUUUCUUUUCUCUGAAUCUCUUGUAUAAUCGACAGGAACUUUUGAUAGGUUUGAAAGAAUGUCAUAAACAUUAGUUGAAGUUUAUUCGUUCUGUUUGUCAGUUAAGUUGACCCUGCCAGCAAGUGUUUAUGGACAUUAAUAGUCUCAUGCAUGAGAAACAAAAAUAAUUUGAUUACAUUGCAUCUUUUUAUCAUAUACAUAUUUGUGGCUAUCGCUCAUUUAUUGGAGCUAAAAUUGAUUCUUAUCAAGAUAUUUUAAUAAUCAUAAUAUGUCUGUAAAAUACUAGAAUUUCUCAACUUUGAAAUGUUAAGAUGUAAAAGUUUUAAUCUUGAACUAUAAAUUUAACAAGUAUUGGGUGAUUCAAGAGUCACUUCUAGUGUUCAGAUGACUGCAUUCAGGAAACUCAUGCAUACAGUGUUAUGAAAGUGGGUAUAUAGACCAAUUUGACAAAGCAUAAGACAAUGUACUCAUUACAGUAAGUUGUUCAAAACAACUUGCAUAUGAUUUUGGAUGAUGUGUUUUAUGCUCAUUUUCCUUAAUGCAGUCAGUCAUCAGAACAGUAGAAGUGACUCUUGAAACACCCAGUAUUGUCACACUGCCCUCAUAGUUUUUUGAAACUGAAGUAAGAAAAGAUUCAGUGGAUACAUAUUUAAAUAGGAUAUAUAAAGUUCCAGAGCAAAAUCAUUUUCUGAAAUUUCUUUGUAAUAAUUUUUCCUCAUUAAAAGAACAAUUUUAUGUGUUUUUCUUGUUGAGAAAUAAACGUAUACAUGUAGUUUCAAUAGUAAUGAUAGUUUUAUUUUCCAGUUAACUAUAUAUAUUAAAUUGUUAGAAUGACCAUAAAACAGCCUUAUUUUGCAGUUUUAAGACUGUUUCUAGCAUAUAUAGUAAACAUUUACAUUGCAGAACAAGUAUAUGAAUGAUGUGACCUUACAAUGAAAAUAUAUUAAUCUCAGAGUUGAGUUAUAAAAUGCUUUUAAACUUAAAGCUAAUUGUUCAUUGUCAAGACAAACUGAAUUAUUGUUAAGCAAGUAGUGUUUUAUAAUCUUGAUUUUGUAUCACUUAUAUUGUCUUAUAUAUAUUUUUAAUGCAAACACUUCUGCUUAUUAAGGUUGAAAGCAUCCAGCACUUGACUUUUCUGAUUUUCUAACUAAUUCUUUACCAAAAACCAUUAAGUACAAGUGUUAGUUUAUAACCAAAAACAUAAAUUGGUUUAUACAAAUAUGUGCAAUCUGUAUUUUCUUGUCAACAAUUUAUUUGUAGAACUGUUUUUUAGAGUAGCCGCAAGUUAGCAACCAGAAACAUUUGAUUUCUGUUUGUAUUAUCAAUGAAGUGUCAAUAUUAUAAAGAUUUUUUUUAACAAUAAAUCAAUAUAGCAUUUUAGCCAGUUUUUUUUUUUCUUAAAUACCAGGAGAGCUACUUGGGUAUUCUAGUUUUGAUUUACUACUUAUAUAUCAAAGGUUUUGGUUUGUAAAGUAAUUACACAUGUACUUUGUGAGUGGGUUUUUAACAGAUGUAGUAUUUUUGAAUGACCAGAACAGGAAAAUGUAAAUACUGUUUUCUAAUUUCAGAAGUCACUUCAUGGUCCUUUUGGAAAAGGUAAGUAUGAUUACUAACAAAACAAGAUCAAUGUGUGUGUGUAUGUUGUCUUGAAUAGAGAUAUUUGUGCCACAAAAUAAAGCUUUCUGCUAAAAUAAAUAGAACUUUAACAAGCAUAUUAACAAUGCAGAUGAACCAAGAUUAGAAGAUAUUAUAUAUGGAAGUCAAAUACUGUAACAUACAACAACUAUUAAAUGUGAGAGUUUAAAAUAUAUAAAUAAUUUUUACAAUACUGUCAAUGAUGUGGAACAAAUAUUGGUAGAAAGGUGAACAAUAUUAUUAUAUAUAUAUAUGUUGUGGAGAAUGUUUUUUCAUGGUAUAAAUAAUAUAUCUGAUUUGUUUGUAUAAAUAUCUGAUAAUUUAUAUGUGGAACGUAACCUGUAAUAGUUUAUAGAAUUUUUUCAACUGUGAAUGUAUCUUUUCUCAUACAUUUGAGACUUGUCCAGUUGUCUACAUACAUAUUUUGGAGUUCUCCAACCUGUUUCUCAUAAUCACAUUAAAUAUUUUGUUUGGUAAUUUAUAUAAAACAUGUUCAAUUUGCGGAUGUUAUAGUCAUUGUUUUUUUUUAAUAUAAAACAUUUCAGUUUGUACUUACAUGAAUGAACUCAGUGCUAUUUAUCUUCAGUCAUUUAAAAACAAAAGUUAUGAUGAAAAAAAUAUAUAUAGUUUUAGUGCAUUAACGUUGACAUUCACAAACAUGUAUUUUGAGUGACAAUGGCUAACAUUUUUCUAAUUAUAUUAUUGAAUAUUUCAUAGCUGUAUCUUAAAGGAAAGCAUAAAUCAAAGUUCCAUAGAACACUGCAUUAACAUAUUAAUACAUUUGCUGCCAUGUGUCCCACCGUUGGGUCACAACUGACUUUUAGUUAUGGAUGGUGGGUCACAGAAAGUUGUUUCAAAGCCAAAUUUCUCUUGUGGCAUAUAAGUUGGCACACUGUGACUGCUCCUCGGGACCCCUUGAAUGAUUAACUUUAUUUAUACUUAAUGUAUUACGUGGCAACCAGUGUGUUAAUGACACAUGUUAUACCAAUUUUACACUAGUUUUGAUUAUAAAUAAUUUUGUAGUUUGAAACAAUACACUUGUACAAGUAUUAUA